AUGAACUCAACAUCAAAUAUUCACAACCUUCUCCAAGAAAUCGCAUUCAAAGGCGCCAUAUUGGAAAAACCAAACAACGGAGAUGCCAGAAGAGAAUUGUUGGCCGCCGCCCGCUCCCUCUGCUACAAGCUCGAAACGCCGAUUGAAUCUCUUCUUCGAAUAUGCUGGGCGGAAGCCCAAACACAUCCUGCCAUUCGGACUGGGAUCGAGAUGAAUCUUUUCGAGAAAUUGGUCGAGGAUGAUGGUGCUGCGAAAAGCAAUAGCCAACUGGCUGCUAUGACUGGUGCAGACCCUGUGUUGCUGAAUUGGACGUUGAUUAGCAACGACGCCGCCGGGCCUCCACUACGGCAAUUGCACAAAUACCUCGCCUCGACCGGCUUUAAGAAUCCGACAAAUCCUACAGAUGGGCCAUUUCAAUAUGGCCACAACACGCCUCUCCACACCUUUGAAUGGAUGAAAGAACAUCCAUUAAUAUACCAACAAUUCGGCAAUUUCAUGGCAGGUUACACACAAGGCCGGCCAAGCUGGCUGGAUUUCUUUCCAGCAGAGGAUCGAAUAGUCAAAGGCUUAAGUGAAAAGGAGGAGGCGGUACUGCUCGUUGACGUAGGCGGAGGGAUGGGCCAGGAUCUUGAGGAGUUUCGGAGAAGGAUGCCGAGUGUGAAGGCAGAGUUGGUACUGCAAGAUCAGGAAGAGUUUGUCGAGAGAGCAAAGGCAGGUCUAGCUGAGAAGGGCAUUAGAGCUAUGGCGUAUGAUUUCUUCACGCCCCAGCCUAUCAAAGGAGCACGAGCAUACUACCUCCACUCCGUCCUCCAUAACUGGCCGGACUCCAAAUGUAAAGACAUUCUCUCCAACCUCAAACCCGCCCUCGCCAAAGGUUACAGCAAGCUUCUGAUCAACGAGGUCGUGAUCCCCAACAAAGGCGCGCCGGCUGUGAGUACGGGCCUGGAUCUGCUGCUGAUGGCCGUUUCCUCGUCGGGACACCGCACGGAGAAGAAUUGGCAGGAGCUGCUGGAUUGGGCGGGGUUCCGGUUGGUGAAGGUUUGGGCGUUUGAGGCGGGGAUGGAGGGUUUGAUUGAAGCCGAAGUUGCUUGA